GGUACAUCAAAAAUCUUUAGAAAAGAGCAUCACGAGCUUUACAUCAAUCCAGUCAAUCCACGAUUCGGUUCACUAAGAAGUCGUUCAACAUGUCAGCACCUUGUAGAUACGCAGUCCGAAGCUGCGCGCGAUCAAUUCGCACCAACAGUUCCUUCCGAACCUCGAAUUCAUUCCUUAAAUCCACAACACCUUCAAUACAGCGACGGCACGAGUCUACAGAAGCCAUUUCUACGAACCCCAAGAUUGCUGGUAUUGUAGAUCAAAUCAGCCAAUUGACUCUUCUUGAGACUGCCGACUUAGUUACAAGCUUAAAGUCGCGACUAAACAUCCCCGAUCUACCUGUUGGUGGUUUCGCUGCUGCCCCAGCUGCUGCACCCGCUGCCGCCGCAGAAGAGGCCGACGAGCCCGCACCAGCCGCCCAAGAGAAGACCCUAUUCAACGUGAAGCUACAAGCAUUUGACGCUGCCGCAAAGGCCAAGAUUAUAAAGGAGGUCAAGAACAUGUUAGGGUUGAGCUUAGUGGACAGCAAGAAGUUUGUGGAGGGAGCACCUAAGAUGAUGAAGGAAUCGGUACCUAAAGAAGAAGCCGAAAAGAUCGUAGCUACGAUGAAGGAACUCGGAGCCACUGUCACUAUGGAAUAACCCAUUUGAUAUCACGAGGAAAAUCGAACGACGCUAUGUAUACAUGUAACCUACCCUGUAUAACAAUGCAAAUCUCUGGACAUGACUUCGGGAUAUUGGUCGAAAGUGGCUAAUAACGGUAUUAUCAUGGCCUUCUAUAUGCUCUGGUAUUUGAGCCAUCUCAUGAUCAUGUCUGAGAAGGAGUAUCUCGAUGAGAAAGGGG